GAUUCUCUAUAUUCUCAACCUCUGCCUCAUUCUGGGCGAGGCCCACCAGGUCUAGCCUUGCUGGUGGGUCCUCCUCGGCCUCCCUCCUGCAGGUACUGUGAGGUGCUGCAGUGGACCUUCCUGUCCACCGCCUCCGCCACCAAGGUGACGACAACGGCGACAGAGAAGCAACAAAGGAAACUGACCUAUAAGUCUCCCUCCAGACGCACAUUUGAUGCAGAGUCUGAGAGGGAUUUAGACCAAAAUGGCUUGAAAGUUAUUUUGAAUUCUUCACCAAUCAGGCGCCGCGGUCUACAACAGGCGCCGCGGUCUGCAACAGUCACCGCGGUCUACAACAGGCGCCGCGGUCUGCAACAGGCGCCGCGGUCUGCAACAGUCACCGCGGUCUACAACAGGCGCCGCGGUCUGCAACAGGCGCCGCGGUCUACAACAGGCGCCGCGGUCUGCAACAGUCACCGCGGUCUACAACAGGCGCCGCGGUCUGCAACAGUCACCGCGGUCUACAACAGGCGCCGCGGUCUGCAACAGGCGCCGCGGUCUACAACAGGCGCCGCGGUCUGCAACAGGCGCCGCGGUCUACAACAGGCGCCGCGGUCUGCAACAGGCGCCGCGGUCUACAACAGGCGCCGCGGUCUACAACAGGCGCCGCGGUCUACAACAGGCGCCGCGGUCUACAACAGGCGCCGCGGUCUACAACAGGCGCCGCGGUCUGCAACAGGCGCCGCGGUCUGCAACAGGCGCCGCGGUCUACAACAGGCGCCGCGGUCUACAACAGGCGCCGCGGUCUGCAACAGGCGCCGCGGUCUGCAACAGGCGCCGCGGUCUACAACAGGCGCCGCGGUCUGCAACAGGCGCCGCGGUCUGCAACAGGCGCCGCGGUCUGCAACAGGCGCCGCGGUCUACAACAGGCGCCGCGGUCUGCAACAGGCGCCGCGGUCUACAACAGGCGCCGCGGUCUGCAACAGACGCCGCGGUCUGCAACAGGCGCCGCGGUCUGCAACAGGCGCCGCGGUCUACAACAGGGCGCCGCGGUCUGCAACAGACGCCGCGGUCUGCAACAGGCGCCGCGGUCUGCAUCAGGCGCCGCGGUCUGCAACAGGCGCCGCGGUCUGCAACAGGCGCCGCGGUCUGCAACAGGCGCCGCGGUCUGCAACAGGCGCCGCGGUCUGCAACAGGCGCCGCGGUCUGCAACAGUCGCGGGCGGUCCUUGGCGUCUGA